AAAUGCGGAACUUAUGCGUGCAUAUAGCCCAUUUACUCCCUGACAGCAAAUGGCGCUAUAGACCGGUUACCCUGGUAACCGCUACAGCACAGAGCAACUUUCUGUUUGAUUAUCAGUUUAAUGAGUUCAAUGAAAACUGUGGGAACUAUUACUUAUAUUACAUGCAUUUGAUUGUCAAUUUCUACAUUUUAAAACUUGUUUUCGCAGGGUGAAAACAAUAAAUGCUCUUUUUAGGGCAGUGGAACACUUAGAGCUCUGUAACUUUUUAAUUACAAAUUAUUAUGUCACAACAUCAAGGCGAAUUUUAUUUUUUAUGAAAUUUUGAUUUCAUGACAUGUUAUAUUUAAUCUAAUAAUAAAUCCAAUCAACUUUGGCUGUUCUCUUAACAUAAAUAAAAUGUUUGUGUUUUGUUUCAACAGAAGCAUCAACACCAUCAACACCACCUGCACCAACCCUGCAGGUGUCCUUAAUGAAAAUUAAGGAAGAGAACACAUUUUUGCUCUCAAAAAUCAAAGUCCUUGAGGACAAAUGUACAGAAUUAGAGAGCGAGAGGGAUUUCCUGCGCAGCAGUCUGACAAAUGCAUUGUCAACAAAGGAUGAGAUGCAAGGAGCUUCCUCCAAAAUGCGAAAUAUGAUUGUUAACCCUGACUCUUCUGAUGAAGUAGACAACCUGAAUGAAAAAAAGGGGAAAAGAAGGGCAAGAAAGGAAAAGAAAAAAAAGUCAAAGAAAGUUGACUCUUCAUCCUCUUCCAGUGAAUCAGUGUCUUAUUCCACCUCUGAUUCAUCUGUUUCGUCUUCACCCCACAAAUCAAGGAAACAUAAGAAAAAAUCAAAGAAAGCUGGAAAAAAAAUGCAAAAAAGCAGAAGAGUGUUUCUACCAGAGCAUGCAAUCGAAAGAUAUAAAAAGGUCCUGCAGUACUUGCAACAAGGAAUCACCAAAACGCAGGCAUACCAUAAGUGUGGGGUUGACCGCAAAACAAUAGUGGAUACUGCAGCGAUAGCUGAGCUAGAGGCUUGUGACGGUGAAACCUACAAGACCUUGCGUGAAACAUUCCACAGAGGCCAAAAACUGUCACAGUUUGCCGAACAAUGCAAAGAAAUGUGCAUGAAGGAGCCACUUCAAAGUGUCAUUGAGCAAAAAAAGAAAAAUGGCUUGCUCAUUGACCUUUGCCAAAAACAAAAGUAACUAUUGUUCAAAAGUGUGUUAGAGAAACAUUGGCACGGUUGAAGUUCAGGCCUUGGGAGUGCAUACACAUUUAUUUUAUUUGUUGACAUUUUAUUUGUUUAGUUUUAGUUUUUUUUUGUUUUUUUGUAAUUUCGUGUAAAAGUAUUGGAAUUUAAACAAUUCUUUAUGGCAGUGAUUACCUGCUGUUUUGUUGUGGGAUUUUUUUAUUUUUUAUUUUUUUUUUUGAAAACAUGUUUGACACUUUUUUGCAAUAAAUUUCAAUGUUCUAACAAUUUGUCAUCUUGUAAUGUGGAAUUACAGUUCAGCACCUGGUAAUCAUUCAUUAGCCCCUAUAUUUUCACUUUAGAAUACUGUUCCAGGUUCUAGAUAAUUCCCUCAGAGUUAUGUAGUAAUUAUGUAUUAAUUACCAAUGGGUUCCCUAUAUUUUCACUUUAGAAUACU